UUCUGUGACCCAGGAGCACCGCUUCUGCUCCCUCAUCUGCCCAGGAGGCUAAGAAAGAUUCGGACCAGCCUUGCCAGCGCUCUUAUGAUAAAAGAUGACCGCGAACAGUGAGUGUCUGUUACCAUACUACACUGCCCAAAGUGGCUCUGGGGUAGGCAUGUUCAAUACCACCAUGGGGAAGCUGCAGCGGCAGCUGUACAAGGGAGAAUAUGACAUAUUCAAAUAUGCACCGAUAUUUGAAAGCGACUUCAUCCAGAUCACCAAAAGAGGAGAAGUGAUUGAUGUGCACAACCGAGUCCGGAUGGUGACCGUCGGCAUCGCUUGCACUAGCCCCAUUCUCCCACUCCCUGAUGUCAUGCUGCUGGCCCGGCCAGCUGCUGGACAUGAGGGGCUCGCUGGACGCACCAAGGGAAAAGGUCGUAAGUCUGCAAAGACCAUGGAGCUCACCAGACUCCUUCCCUUGAAGUUUGUAAGGAUCUCUAUUCAUGACCGUGACAAACAACAGCUGCGCCUGAAAUUUGCCACUGGGCGGUCGUGCUACCUGCAGCUGUGCCCUCCUCUGGAUGCCUGGGAAGACCUCUUUGCCUAUUGGGAAAAACUAAUUUACCUCUUGCGACCACCAGUGGACAGUAACAACAGUAUGUACGCCAUCCCGGCCAAGGAGAUGAUCUGCAUGCCUGUGUUUGAGGAAGAGGACAAGACAAGUUUGGGGGCUGGGGAUUUACAUGCUAAAGGGGAUCAAGACCAGGUUAGCAUCAGGAGCCUCCACAUGGUUUCUGAGGUGUGUGGGGCCACCUAUGCUGCUUAUGUUGGGGGGGAGGGAAUCCAGCAUGACUCCCACAAAUCCACCUCCAAGAUUAAUAUAGCCAUCCCAAGAACAAAAUCUAAAGAGCAUGUUAAAGAGUCAGUGACAGAGGGAGCAGCAGGCUCUGGACAGGCAGGCGGAGACAAAGCUGAUGCGACCCUCACUGGUGCAAGAGGAAGCAAAACUCACGUGGCCACUGCAGGCUCUGCCAAGGGGUCCCCUAAGAGCCUUAAGUUAGGCUUGGCUGCAAACAAGCCCUUGGAAGGUAUUUCCAGCACAUCUUCCAGCUUCUCCCCAGAGGGCGCCGGGAAUAUUGGGGUAGAACCUGCUGCUGGGAAAACUGCUGGAGAACCAGAUAAGAAUUCAGCAGCAGGAUCUUUCACCCCAACCCGGCUGAGUCACAAGGGUGGCCAGGCAAAAUGGCAGCAAAGCUCCCACAUCAGAACAGAAGUCCACAAGGAGAGGGGGGAAAGAAGGGAGAGGAGAGAAAAGGACAGAACUGUGAGUAGGAGUACCCAUCACCGCAGGGGUGAAGGUCGCCACAAGACAGGGGACAAGAUCUCUCGGAAGUCAACUGGCCGCGGAACUGUUAGAGAGGAUAAAAAGGGGAAAAGUCGCAGCAGCCCCGGAGGCAGCAAGCACAGCAGUACCCACAAAGGCAUCAGUCGCUCCCCCAUCACCAAGGAGUCCAGGAGCUCCCACAAGUCUGGGAGGAGCUUAUCAACAACCAGCUCCGGUUCGGCCAACAAGAGAAUGGGCAGGAUCAGCUCUUUCUUGAAGACGGUCAAAGCCAACCUUACCACUAAAGGGGUGGCCUCAGUGCACGGCAGAGAUAUGGACGUCACGGCUAAGAGAGAAGAGAGGACCACCAUGGAGGCCAUCAUGGAGACAGCAGAGAGUGGCCAGGGUCUGGACCUCACUGGUUCUGUGACAUCUGAGGUCAUGGAGAUGAUGACCUUUGAAACCCAUGAAAUACAACCCAGAGCCAGAAGUUAA